CCGCCCCCCGGCCCACAAGUCCCUGCAGGGACACAGCCGGUGCGUCCAGAGGAGUCCCCGGUGCGCAGUCCAGCCCGCAGUAUGAGCGCCCCCGCCGCGACCCCCAUCUUUGCGCCGGGCGAGAACUGCAGCUCCGCGUGGCGGGCGGCGCCGGCAGCCUACGAUGCCUCCGACACGCACCUGCAGAUCCUGGGCAAGCCGGUGAUGGAGCGCUGGGAGACUCCGUACAUGCACGCGCUGGCGGCCGCCGCUACCUCCAAAGGGGGCCGGGUGCUGGAGGUGGGCUUUGGCAUGGCCAUCGCGGCCUCCAAAGUGCAGGAGGCAAGCAUCGAGGAGCACUGGAUCAUCGAGUGCAAUGACGGCGUCUUCCAGCGUCUGCAGGACUGGGCCCGGGUUCAGCCACACGAGGUGGUUCCCUUGAAGGGCCUGUGGGAAGAGGUGGCACCCACCCUGCCAGAUGGGCACUUUGACGGUAUCCUGUACGACACAUACCCGCUGUCUGAGGAGACCUGGCACACGCACCAGUUCGACUUCAUCAAGGGCCACGCCUUCCGCCUGCUGAAGCCAGGGGGCAUCCUCACCUACUGUAACCUCACCUCCUGGGGCGAGCUGAUGAAGGCCAAGUACUCUGACAUCACCACCAUGUUUGAGGAGACACAGGUGCCGGCCCUGCUGGAGGCGGGCUUCAGGCGGGAGGACAUCGGCCAGCAGGUGAUGGAGCUGGAGCCUCCGGCUGACUGCCGCUACUACUCCUGCCCGUGGAUGAUCACUCCCCUGGUCACCAAGCACUGAGCCCGGCCUCAGUUCAGCGCCCGGCCUCCCUCAGGCUUCGGGAGCCCCCGCCCCCCACUAAGUGCCUUUGCGGCUGGAGUGAGCCUCCGGCCACCGUACCCCGUGUCCAACGCGGGUCCGCCACUGUGUGGGCAGAGCCCCCUAACCUCUACAGCUCCCGUCUGGAUUCUAGAGGAUGAAAUAAACGCUAAUACUGG